AUGGAUUCCAGUUCCAGCAGCAGAGUGAUCGCCUUCGAUUGCAGCUCCUUCCGACUAUACAUGGACGGCCAAGUCGAACGUGCUGCCCAGCGCAUGGAAACCGUGCCCGCCGGCUUCGACGCGGACACGGGCGUGGCAUCCAAAGACGUCGUCAUCGACGGCGCCACCGGCACUACCGUGCGGCUCUACCUACCACCUGUCCAGGGAGACACGACGACGAAGCUCCCGAUCGUCGUCUUCUUCCACGGCGGCUACUUCAUCGUCGGCUCAGCCGGCGAACCUAUGUACCAUCGCUACGUCAACUUGCUGGUCGCCAGAGCACGCGUCGUCGCUGUCUCCGUCGACUACCGCCUCGCUCCAGAGCACCCGCUCCCGGCAGCCUACGACGACUCCUGGGCCGCGCUCAAGUGGGCGGUCUCCGGCGCGGACCCGUGGCUGUCCGACCACGGCGACCUCGGCCGUGUCUUCCUGGUCGGCGUCAGCGCCGGCGGUAACAUCGUCCACAACAUGGCCGUCUCCGUGGGCGUGAGCGGUUUGCCAGCCGCUGAGCCGCCGCGCGUAGAAGGCGUGGUCCUGCUCCACCCUUCCUUCUCCGGCGAAAAGAAGAUGGAGGUAGAAGAAGGGGAGUUCUGGCGAGCUAACAAUAACAGGUGGGCGGUCAUCUUCCCGGGCGCGACGGGCGGGGCGGACGAUCCAAGGAUUAACCCGAUGGCGGCCGGCGCGCCGAGCCUGGAGAAGCUAGUGGGUGAGAGGCUGCUCGUCGGCACGGCGUCUUUGGACCCGAGGGCGCCGAGGGGGCCGGCAUACUGCGAGGCCGUGCGGGCCAGCGGGUGGCGCGGGAAGGUGGAGUGGUUCGAGACAGAAGGUGAGGGCCACGGUUUCUUCGUCCUCAACCCCGGCAGCCACAAGGCGGUUGAGGUUAUGGAUCGAGUGGUUGCUUUCCUUGCGGACCAGUGA